CUCAAAACAAAAGAAUCUAAAAGGAAACCUGAUUUUUGUGAAAUACAGAGAGGAAGAGAGGAGACUUUAACGUCCAAUUUUACUUAUUCGUGUGUUUUUCUUUGAAACUUACUCACACAAUAAUAGAAAAAGGAAUACUCAAACUCGGCCGAACUCCGGAGACUGUCCACAAUCCGAUGGACUCUUUGGGACCGAAUCAGUUUGAUAUCUUCCAGAUUUACCGGCGAUUUUGUGAACUUAGAACAGGAGAUGCAUAUGUUCGUGGGGAAGAAGGGUACCGACAAAAUGAGGAAUCGGAAAGAGCUAAGUAUUCGAGGGAUGGAAUGAAUCAACUCUUAAAGAUGGUGGAGUCAAGGAUGCAUACAAGGACUGCGAUCUUUGAUGAACUUCACAAGCUCAUGUUACAACUAGAUCUGACGGUGGACUUUUCUGAAUUCUCGUGCUUCUAUGAUUUUGUUUUCUUCAUGUCCCGAGAAAAUGGUCAAAAGAAUAUUACUGUAAGCAGGGCGGUUGCUGCAUGGAGAUUAGUCUUAGCUGGCAGGUUUCGAUUGCUUAACAAAUGGUGUACCUUUGUUGAGGAAAAUCAGCGUCACAAUAUUUCAGAGGAUACGUGGCAGCAAGUUUUAGCUUUUAGUAGGUGUGUACAUGAAAAUCUUGAAGGUUAUGAUCCUGAAGGUGCUUGGCCUGUUCUGAUUGAUGACUUUGUGGAGCAUAUGUAUAGAAUUUCGGGAUCCAAAAAAGAUUCAAACGUUUUCUGUUGCUGUGUUGAUCUGGAGUCGCAGUCGUGUGCAUAUGAAGACACUUUGCCCGGAUUAAGAGUAUAUCCUGGAAUGAAGAGGAAAUUGCCUGAAUGUCAUGAAGACGAAAUGGAGUCCUUGGAUUCACACUUCUUGAACUCGCCGGACCUGAAUUCUAAGAGAAGUAGGUUGAUUGCACUCAGAUCGGUUAAUAAGGAAGGUAUUCCUCCCCAGAAUCCAUCUGAUGACCGCAUGGAAAUUGUCAAACACAGUAACCCAAUGUGUUCUUCGAAGUCCCCUUGUGCGAUUGAAGGUUGCCUGUCAAAGGGUUUCGCAGGGCUCUUAUCAAGUUGCUCGUAUUUCGCAGUUUGAUCGGGAAAGAAUUCACCAUUACAUUGAGUUUGCAUCCGAGUUAUAAUUAUAGAAAAAAUGUAUCCUUUGUAAGCCUAUGAUUAAGAUUGUAUUAAAAUCUUUUCCACUUGUGUGUUUCCGACGAUUUUGUGGGUUAUUUCCA